GCGGGAGAAAAAAGACGGGGCCAAAAAAAAAGGAUCUGACGCAAUCUUUCCGAGCCCGAACAUUUGCGUGCGGCUUCAAAAAUUCAUGAGGGGGGCGGCUUCACUGCCAACAAAGGCCAACAAAAUAAUGUCCCGCAACGCCGCAGUAACCCACCUCCGCGCCGCGCUCUCGCGCUGGCCCCAAGACGUCCUCCGCCCCGAGACGCAGCUCCCGCGCGCCCUGGCCCCGCGUCUCGAGCGUCUCGAGCGUCUCGAGCAGCAACAGCAGGGCACAUCACAUGCAGCGUCAGCAUCAGGGACCGCAAUACCCACGGGCGAGGUCCAGCAGCUGCGCGAGGCCAACGCGCUGCUCGCCCUACUCGACAACCGCUUCAAGAACCGAUACCGGGUCCGCGAGCAGACCUUCAGGCCGCGCAGCGCGCCCGACUACUACGAUAACCUGAUCCGGGAGCUGGACGAGGCUCCGACACGGUCUGCGUGGUCCAGGUGGAUGACACGCAUCAAGGGCAUGGUGCGGCUUGAGUAGUGGGAGAGAGAGACGUCAGGGGAUAACAACCAGACUUGUAACAAGAUCUAUCGGUGAUGCGCUGUGCAUCUGGAAACGGCGCAAAGGCGGGUUGGGUAUGGUGUACAAAAAGCACGGCACCUUAAAAGUCUUGACAGGAGACCCCUCGAGGGGUAGAUAAAGAAGCAACAACAAAACUCCCAUAAUCAUAUGUAUUUCCCCUCGGGAUCCGCUUGGGCCAUAAACUCGAUGCUCUUCUCGUACAUUGUAAACACGAUG